AUGACAGAAGUAGAUAUUACUACUAAUAAUAAUAAUACAUCUACAAAUGAUGAUGUAAAUAAUAAUAAUAAUGAUAACAAUGUAGAAGAUAGUAAUAAUAGUGUAAAUAGUAAAAAACAAGAUUCAUCGAAUAAUGUUAAUGUCACCACUGGUGAAAUAGAACAACAACAACAACAACAACAACACCCAGUAGAACAAACACAUAACAAUAUAUUAACAUCACAACAAGCAUUGCAAUUGGAGAUGAAUGAAGUAAGCAAUGAAAUGAAUAAAGCUAUUCCACAGCUAACAGAGGGUAUCUUGCUAAUGACAAAGAUCCCUCUCGACGCACUCACUAUGAAACUAUUGGAGUUACAAAAAGAACAGACUGCACUACUCUCACUGAUGUCAAGUGAGAAUCAAAAACUACAAAGUGUUAAGGGUGUAGAUAUUAUUUUUGAAAAUAAGAUCAAUGAAUAUCUAUUAAAAGUUCAGACAAUGAAGAAAGAGAUGUCGAAUGUCAAGGAGAGAAUGACUAAACUUCAAAAGAGAGCAGUCAACUUGAAGGAAAAGAAACAACAGCAUAUCAAUAAUUUAAAUGAGCGUGUCGAAAAAGCAUUGCAAAGAGAGAGAGAUCUCACUGUAAAACCAUCACCACAACUUGUACAACAGCAGCAACAACAACAACUUCAACCACAAAAGUCUAAAGAAUCUUUAAACACGAAUUUUGACAAACAAACUUGGCUUGACUUUGAAGUUUCUACUUUAAAUAAUAACGUUAUUUAA